AUGUCUGAUACAUUAGAACUCCUUAAUGCUAAAGAAGAGGAACUUUCCCAAUUAAAGAGUGAUUUCGCCGAGUAUCAAGAGAUGAGCAAGACGCUUGAAGAAGAAAUAGAACGAGAAUUAGAAGUCCAGAUUAAAUUGAAUUCAGAACUCAAUAAGGAAAAUAAAGCACUGAAGGAUGAACUUGAUAAACUCAAGGUAAUUUCUAAAUAGACCGAUCAUUAUGAAAAAUUUAAAAGCAUUGAAAAAAAUAUAUUUUUUUUUUAUAUAUAAUAAACUUUUUUUUUUAAAAAAAUAAAAAAAUAGCUUUUUCUUUAUAAUAAGGAUUAGCAAUAAGGUAAAAGACGAAUUAUUCGUGCUACAGGAAAGAAUUAAAAUUUUAAUGAAAAACAACAAAGAUUUAGAAACCGAGCUGGACGCUUAUAAAAGCAAAUUACGAGAAAAAGACUUCGAAAUUGAUGAGCUGACGAAUAGUUACCAUCAGACUUUAGAAGAUUUAGCGAUAACCUGUUCAGAGUUUGAAAAUCUCAAAGAUUACAGCAAAGAGAACACACAAAGACUUAAAGAACAGCUAAAUGAGCUGAGCCAGGAGUUAGACAACGUGUGGAGGAAAACUGAAAGUAUUAGGAACCAUAGCUCGAAUAACGAAAAUAAAACUCCUCAACCCAGUUUGAAAUCUUCAAUGGUAGGGAGAAGCGCUCUUGGGAUGGUAGACUUGCUGCUGAGUGAUUUAAAUAGCAAGUUUAAUGCAAAGCAGUAA